AGAAACAACAUCAAUCACUGUGAGCUUCAUACUGUUGAUGAUGGCUAUGCAUCAGGAUGUUCAGCAAAAAGCAUACGAUGAAAUCACACAGCUAUCAACAGAGGAUGGAAGGUACACCGAGAAUCACUUGACUAAUAAUUUAAAAUAUUUGGAGCAAUGUAUCAAAGAAACAUUAAGAAUGUUCAGCCCAGUAGUGGUAACUAGCAGAUUUACUCAUAAAGAAAUUACACUCACAGACAACCUAACAGUUCCUGCAAAUGUGCUCGUAGUGGCGCUCAUACUUCUCGCAAAUAAAGACCCUGAUUUAUACAAAAAUCCGCAGAGAUGGGAUCCCGAACAUUUCAGCGAUCAAGCAAUCGAAAAACGAUCCAAGAAUAGUCAGUUGAGCUUCGGCUAUGGAGCAAGGACCUGUAUAGGUUCCAAAUACGCGAUGAUGUCUAUUAAAACGCAAAUAGCUUACAUCUUGAGGAACUAUCAUUUAUCAACCAGUGUCAAAGAAUUAAAAAGGGAACAUUUGAAGGCAGAUCUCAGCAUCAGAAGUCGAAUUGGCUAUCCAAUCAAAUUUACAAGAAGAAGAGAAAUGAAGCAAUAAAGGCACAAGACAAUGACUAACUCAAUGAAUUGUUUUUCGAAUAGUCAGAUGUGUAAUUUAUUCAAUGAUUGACGAGAGAAAAAAAAACUUCAAUAAAUUGAUUUUCAUUGAUAUUACCGUUAGCCUGGAAACCAGAAACUGCCAUGCCUACUUGAGUUUUUUUUCUUACGAAGCGAUUUCAAAGAACUAAAGUUCAUUUUUGGAUUUUGGGCGAAAUUUUAAAAAUUAAAAAAUAUGUAUAAAAAACUCUUUUUAUAGCGAUUUUUCAACUUUUCCAUAAAAUCAGAAGGCAAGUAGGUAUCAUAUUUUUCAAAAAAAAUUAACAAGUGUGAAUGAUUAUUUCAAAAGCUGACGAUUUGGGGGGAAGGUGGGAGGCGGGUGACCCGCCCUAAUGUAGGUACUUAUCAGCUUUGUACCUCAAUUACUAUAGUUGAUAAAAUUCUAGUAUUGAAUUUUGGGGACGGAAGUACUAAAAUAAACAUUGAAAAUUUUUGGAAAUUUCGAACUGGUGUGGUCUCAUGAAGAAGGAACAGGAAGAUAUAGGUAUGCCUCAAAAACUGAAUUUUUUCCAUUUUCAAUCCUCUGUCCUAUCUCGUCACUUUUAAUUUUGAAAAAACUGAAAUACAUACUUACAUCUUAACGUAUCUACUGUUUAACUCCAAGUCGAAUAAAUAUUUGAAUAAGGGAAAAAAUUGUCACUAAUUUAACGAGUAAUUAAACCAAA